GAAGGAAUUUAUGAUUUCCAAGAGCGUCUCAAAGCGGAGAAGGAUGAGAUUGAAAAAUCACUGUCAAUGGCAUCAACCACUGCUCCUUCCAAGGUAAAAGCAGUAGUUGAGAAUGUAGAAUGUGUCAGUUGUGAAGUCAAGCAGUUACAAAAAACUUGUUUAGAUCUGAGUAAGAUGAUUGAGGAGACGUUUAGUGAAAACGACAAAAAUUUAGAGCUACAAGAAGUUAUUGACAAGAUAGGGCAGCUUGACAAAUCGUUAUCCUAUUUAUUCUUUAUAAGAUAUAUAGAAAAUAUUAGUGAUGAGAUAGAGACAUUUUUGUUAUCUGGUGAUGAUCAGUCUGUAAUAAUUCUAUAUACGAGCUUGACAAACAUCAGUUGCCAAUUGCAAACAUCUGUGUGUCAUCACCUAGUCAGUUAUGUCCAUGAGACCUUACACUUUUGGCAUAAUCUAAUCAAGGAAAAAUUAUCAAAGGAGUACAAUGAUUUAUUGAAGACGUUGAAAUGGCCUUUUUGUGGAACCAAUGCUACUUUAUUGAACGUACCUUUGCUAGAGACAAUGACAAGAUUUAAGAUACUCAUUGAAUAUCUCUUUCAUCUGCAGUUACCAGAAGAAAUGAUAAAACCUGUAGUAACAUCUGUGCUGUUAACAGACUUUGCACCAGUUAGUUUGCCAAUCGCCCUUUUAGUACGUCCUCUCCGACAAAGAUUCAUUUAUCAUUUCACAGGAGCUAAAUUGACAAACCGUCAAGAUAAGCCAGAAUGGUUCUUUACACAGAUUUUAACAUGGAUCAAAGACCAUGUUCAGUGGGUACAAAAGAACAUUCAACCUGUAGCGGAUUCUGUAGGUUUUGGACACUUAGAUAUUAAGGCUGAAUUUAUGCGCGCUCUAGUUCAGUUAGCCGUUGAGAAACUUCAUUCCGAAUUGCCCUUAGUGCAGUAUGAUGACACUCUAUUUGCGCAUUUGGUAGACGAAGCUUUAGGAUUUGAAAGAGAACUACGAGAGACUCUGUUAUAUCCGCAAUCUCAGCCAGCUACCAUUUUCGUUCUUACGCAAGCCCAUAUUUUUGUAAAAUGGAUAAAUAUGGAGAAGAAAUACGCGACUGAAAAAAUGGAUGCAAUAUUAAGUUCGAAUACAGCGUGGGAAAGACUGACGGGUCCUGAUAUAGAUGACAUGAAAGUCACUGAAUGCGCAGAUGCCUUUCUCACACUGCUCACCACGAUUUCUGAUAGAUAUAAACAUUUGCCACAGCCUGGACAUAGAUUACAGUUUCUCGACUUGCAAUUAGAAUUGGUUGACGAUUGGCGAGUACGAUUGUUACAAUUGCUACAUGAAAAUUAUGAAGAUCCAUUAACGUCGCUUAUGCCAUAUAUUCUCAAUACAUUACAUUAUGUCGCAACCGUUUUGGAAGAAUGGGGCGUGACUGUUCACUUCUUGCAGCUGCAUUUCUUCAAGAAGCAAUUCGAAGCUGUGGAAAAUGCUAUUGACAGAGGCAGCGACGUUAACGAGAACACCGGAGAAAUAGAGGGAACUGUAUUUGACGAAGCUGUAGUUCUCUUACGACGAUUAGAGAAGCAACUGAUAAAUGAAAUCAGCGAUUCAGUUGCUUUAGAUGUAAAGGCAAAAAGUAGAGCUUACAGGACGGAUAAAUGGUUUGCGAUGCAGUCUUCAAAAGAAGUUGCUUCAUUAUCAGUAACACCGAGUGGUUGUCCCAUGUUCCAAGAACUAGCUACGCGUCUUCAUACAUUGCACAGUGUUCUUGCAUUGCCGUUGUUUAAUCAAGCUUGGAAGAAUUUAGCCGCUCAAUUUGAUCAAUUUCUCUUCGAAGAAGUUGUACUUGUAAAUCAUUUCAAUAGCGGCGGUGCCGAACAAUUACAAUACGAUAUUUUGAGGAACUUAUUUCCAUUAUUUGGUUUGUACAUUGACAAACCAGAAUCGUACUUUCCUUUAAUCAAGGAAGCAUGUAUACUUUUAAAUGUCUUGACGGGUUCAGUAAUAUUGCUUGAAGAAGCGCUAAAUAAUAAUGACAAAAAUGCAUCGACAGAGAUCUUAGCGGAUGUUGGAGUACACAAAAUGCCUACUAAACUUGCUCUAAAAGUAAUAGCGACAAGGACAGACAUUAUCCAUAUAUAAGAGAUCUUUCUCUUGAAUAUAUUCUAUAAAAAUGAAAUUUAUUUUAAUAGAUUUUUCGCGCUUUCCGUUAAAUUAGAUAUACUUUUCUAUUCUUUCCCAUUAUUAUAUUUAAUAAUGUCCAGUCAUUUUGCGCUGCUCUGUAAAUAGCGUCUGAAGCGUUCUUAACAUAGUAGUGUUAUUCCACCAUUGUCAGCGCCUAAUAAUAAUAAUCGAUUGAGAGGAAGGACAGCCAUGGCAGUAAGAAUGCCUUUAAAAGCGUCAGAUCUCAAUUUCGAUGAACUUAAUGAAGCAGUCAUUUCUAUAGCGGUAUAGACACCAAUUCGAUUUGCUGUUGUUCCUAUCACUAAUACCUGUUCGUGCAUUGCCAUGCAAUGAACAGGCUCUGUUGCGCCUCUAAAAAUUAAUGAAGGAUAAUUUAUGUAAAUUAUAUUUUGUAUGUCUAAUUUCAAAUAACAUUACAGGUUUUUCUUACUUCAUAUGAAA